AUGGAGUGUACACAACCCUCGCUCCAGGGCGUCUUCGACAUUCUAAGUGCAACGGGCCAGGACAAGCUCUUGCAUCUGAAGCACAAACUGAAGACUCUGUACGCGAGCUGCCCGGGGGCUGGCCUGCUGCGGGCCUUGGUGCUCCUGACUCUGGGCCAAGACACCAAGGCCCGGCUCUCUCUGGAGACGCUCAGGACAGAUGCAGCAGCCCACUUUGUGGCCCGCUGGUGGGCCGGUGUGGACGUCACCGAGGCCCCGGAGGAACCGCUGGACAUGUCCUGGACAGUUGCCCGCAUGUACCACCUGCUGGCCGAGGAGAAGCUGUGCCCGGCGUUGCUGCAGGAGGCAGCCUACCGUGUUGCACUGCAGGUCUUCAGUUCCACGGAUGACCCCCGGCUGCCGGACCUCCAGGCUGAGGCCCGUGACCGGUGCAGGUGGGACAUGGGAGACCCAGAGAGCUUCCAGCCCCUGUGCUCUGAUCUGGGGGGCCUCCCGUCCUCGGCAUCCCAUCCUGGGAGAAGGAGCCUCCCACAACCCAUCAGGGGUUCCUCGGGCUGGAGCCGGGCCUGCUCCCUGAAGUCUGCUGGCAGCCCCACCUCUCUGGCCUGCAGCCUACAGAUCAGCCAGUCUCCCACUCUGCUCCUCCUCACCCAUUCCCAUAGUUCCCCCGGGCCCAGCAAGCUCUGCGACCCACCCUCGGCCAGCCCUGGGCCCCAGCCUGUCCCCAUAGACGGCCAGGAGCCUGAACAGGUGAGCUGGCCCCCCUCCGUGGAGACUGACCCCCCCCAGGAGGUGCCACACAGUCCAAACCCACAGCUGUCCGUGGUGGCACCAAACCCUAGCCCUGCUGGCCUCCCCGACCCCUCAGCACCUCUGGAAUCCAGAGACCACUAUCCAGUGGAGUGUACCGAGAUAUCUGCAGCCCCCAACUCCCUCCUCUCACCUUCCCAUCCUCUCCCCUCCCCAGUCUUGGAGCCCACUGAAAACACUAGCAAGGAUGGGGGGGCUCCCUCACUUCCUGUCAUCAAAGACACGGCCUCCCAGAAAACCAAGCUGUGCCCACCGCCUCCCUCGGCCUCCCAAACCUCCCCUCCCUCUCCAUCAUCCCCGUGUGCGGCUCCCUCAACUACCUCGUCCUCGGACCCCUCACCUCCUGAGGUGGCAUCAUCGGAGCUGAAGUUCUAUAGCUUUGUGGUCCUCCACGCCAGGGCUGAUGAGGCCGUGGCCCUGCGUGUCCGGGAGAGGCUGGAGGCUCUGGGCGUGCCAGAUGGGGCCACCUUCUGUGAGGAUUUCCAGGUGCCCGGGCGUGGCGAGCUGAGCUGCCUUCAAGAUGCCAUCGACCACUCGGCCUUCACGAUUCUGCUGCUCACGUCUAACUUCAACUGCCAGCUGAGCCUGCACCAGGUCAGCCAGGCCUUGAUGACCAGCUUCAGGCGGCACGGUUGGCAGGACUCUGUCAUUCCCUUCUGGCCCCUGGAGACAUCCCAACUCAGCUCCGAUACGUCCCGGCUACUCUGCAGCCUCACGUUCCUAGACGAACACUCCCCGCUCUUCGACAAGAAGGUGAAAAACACCUUCAAGAGACAGAACCUGCAAGCACGCAAAGCUAAGUGGAAGACGGAGCAGGAAGCCAGGGCCUUCCGGGAACAGAGCCGGCACUUAGAGAGCGAACGGCAGCAGGCGGUUGAGAUGAAUGCCGCCUACUCUGCCUACCUUCAGAGCUACCUGGCCUGGCAGGCCCAGAUGGAGAAACUACAGGUGGCUUUUGGAGCCCAGAUGUCAUUGGGGACUCAAAUGCCCCCUGGGGUUCAGGUGCCCCUGGGGGUCCAACCACCCUUUCCUACCUGGCCUGGUGGCCCUCAGCCACCUCCAUCUCAGUGGCCAGCUGGCAUCCACCCACCGGCCUUCCUGCAGCCCCCCACCCUCCUGCCGACCUCCUCUCCUCCUCCUCAGAGUCCUGGGCUGCAGCCCCUCAUUAUCCACCAUGCGCAGAUGGUCCAGCUGGGGCUCAACAACCACAUGUGGGGGCAGAGGGGGGCCCCAGCCCCUGAGGACAAGACCCAAGAAGCAGAAUGA